CCUGAGAGAAAUGCCACCUGAGCUGUGCCUUUCACUCUCGCACAGCCACGCCCCAUGCUAUGUCGCCCUCUGGCCUCCCGUCGCAUCGCGCAGCGCUGAAGAUUGUAGUUGAAGCAUGCAGCCAUCAUGGAUAGGAAGUGGCUCCUCUUCCCAUGCGGCCUCGUCGUAGGAACUUGCUACCUCUCCACUACCUUCGACACAUCUUUCGCCUUUGACCGCCCGCUGCACACCAUCGGGAUCGUGCUGCUGCUGUCGGGCCUCGCCAUUGUCGCCCAUGGCACACUGACGGUGCGAAACCGCAUUGCUCACCGCAAGACGUCCGACGCAAUCCCACUUAGCAAUGGCUACGGCAACGGCAACGGCAACGGCAACAGCCGGCACAUGUCGCGAGAGGCCUCGCCGUUUGGGGAGCGCGGGCUGGCCAGGAGCCUGCUGGACGCAAGGUCACGGGCGGCGCUGGUCAUGUUGCUGCUAUUCACCAUCUGCGUGCGGGUGGCCAUAUACCAGCGCGUCAUGAAGGACGUCGAAUGCGCGGGGCCGACCGCCCUAGCGUUCCUUCCUCUUGUUCUCGCUGUGUACCACGCCGGUCGCGACUUCCACCUGCAGACACCGGUGCGCCCAACUUGGAAGGCUGAGUUGACACCGAAGAGGGUGCUCGAACGCGCCUUCCAGUUCAUAUUCUGCGGGGCAACACGCUAUGUGCUCCCCUCGCUGCUGCUCUCGCUGAGCAGCUUCCUCGCCGCAUUGAGAGCCACUGCAUUGCGGUCCACAUAUAUCUGUCCGCUCGCCAACGGCACGGCCUCCAUCAUCCCGAAGCUCCAAUUCCUCGGCUUCAUUAUUGACUGUGCCGCCGUCCUGGCGCUGUACUCUCUCAUCGAUGACCGCGUCGCCCUGAUCGACGACAAGCUCACCGGGUUCAAGGACAGCACCAGGAACAAUGUACUGGUUGGCUUGACUUUUGUUGCCUCGGCUCUCAUGCUAGCCCUGACCGGGAUUAUAGUGUACACUGCAUUUCCGGAACAGCGCCAGUGGAUUCUGGCAGCCCCCACUGAAUAUGUGCGCAGUUUGAUUAGCUUGAGUCUUACGAUACCCUGUACCAUAUUAUGUUUCCUUUUCACUGUACGAAUGUUUGGCGUCAUGAGUACUGUUCUCAUCGUUGGAUUCUCUAUUGCAUACACCGAAGUCUUGCGUGCUCUUCGGACUGGCGUUUCUUAUACCUUUCCCCCAAAGCCUACCACAGAACUCACUUUUUACCUCGUUCUCCUUUCCAUUGCCCUCAUGCUGUAUCUUGUUGCCGAAACGAGCACGGAAGGACGCAUGAUGCGACCCAAGAUCUCCCUCCGGCUCGGGCGAUAUCAGGCGGUUCUACUUGUCUUCAUUGUCUUCACCUUCUCCCUCGGUGGGUUCGGCUAUCGGUCUCAUUGGCGCCAAAAACCUAUACCUGGCCACCCGAUUACUACAUUAAUCAAGUCUGCGAAUGCCGAGCAUGAGCGAUGGGCGAAUCAAGCAUCGCAAAGCAAGACCCUUGCUGAAGCUGUCAAGCAUUACCAGGAGCGAUAUCUCAAAGAUCCACCACCUAAUUUUGACAGGUGGUACGAAUUUGCUUCGAGUCGCAAUUCCAUCAUUAUGGAUGACUUUGACAAUAUCGAAGAAGACCUAGCGCCAUUUUGGUCUUUGAGUCCCGUCGAAUUGCGCCAGCGAACCGCCGAGAUUCUUGCUGAUAACCAGGGCCUCGGCGGAAUAAGCAUCCGGAGUGGCAAAGCUGAGGUGUUUGCAAACGUCCCAGGGACACAUAGAUGGAUGGUAGACGGAGCCCUGCGCAUGAUUGAAAAAUUUGUGGAAUUCCUCCCUGAUAUGGACUUGGCAAUGAACUUAAAUGACGAAUGUCGAGUCGCUGUGCCUUACAUUAAACUGGAAAAGGCACAUGAAGAGCGCUUUGUCUUCCCGGUUCAUAAAUCUGCAGAAGGGACCCUGAAUUUUAGCGCAGAUCGUGCAGAGACCUGGCUGAAUAUAUCCGAGGUUCACCAAGUGGGAUCACCUUUUAGAGGCACAGGCUUCAAUCCUACUUUCCAAUCUCAUGGGUCUACUGCCUGUCCCCCAAGUACCCGCGCACGAAUAGAACGUCACUGGGAUACGCGCACUCUCUGCACGUCUUGUGCAGCCCCACACUCCAUGGGCGCUUUCAUCUCAAACUGGUCUAUUUCCUCGGAACCCUGCCACCAGCCUGAUCUCUCAAACCUCCAUGGCUUGCAUCUCAGCCCUUCUGCCCUCAUUGGCACUCACGACCUCGUCCCCAUCUUCAGCCAAAGCCGAGCUCCCGGCUAUGUCGACAUUCGAUAUCCCUCUCCCUGGAACUACAUGGACAAAGCUAUCUACGCUUUCAAUGAUCAAUUCCCAGAUCCCAUGUUCACAAAUAAAGAGAACACGCUCUUUUGGCGUGGCGCAACCUCUGAGGGCUUCAGUGCUGGGAAUGGAGCUUGGAAAGGGAUGCUAAGACAACGACUUGUGCAUCUUAUCAACAACUCUACAGAUCCCCAAGUUGUUCUCCUUCCUGGGAAGAAGGAGCGUCUCGAGUAUGCACUGGAAGAGCCCGAGACAAUCAAGAGGAUGCUGGCUACGAAAAUGGAUGUCCGCUUUGUCAAUAAAAUCGUACGAUGUGGCGACCCCGAUUGCUUAGAGCAGGAGAAGGAAUUCGGCUUCGGAAACAAUAUCGACUUCCAACAGCACUGGCGUUACAAGUACCUCUUCGACGCCGACGGCGCAGGUUUCUCGGGUCGUUUCAUACCCUUCCUUCAAUCUAACUCCGUCGUCUUUAAAACGGCACUCUUCCGCGAAUGGUACGAAGGCCGUCUCAAGGCGUGGAAACACUUCGUCCCAGUCGACCUCCGUCUCCACGAUUUAUGGUCCAGCGUUGCGUAUUUCGGCGGAUGGGGCUUGAAAGAUGGAGGCUGGAGGACUAUGGAGGGGAGAGAGAAGGAGGCCGAGAAAAUUGCGAGGGAGAGUAAGGUGUGGACGGAGAAGGUGCUUAGGAAGGAGGAUAUGGAGAUAUAUUUCUUCAGGCUGUUGCUAGAAUGGGGGCGGUUAACGGAUGAGAAGAGGGCUGAUGUGGGAUUUCGUCUUGGGAAGGGUGAGGGGAUUAGGAGGGAAAGUGGAGGUGGGGGCCUGAAGGGUGUGAGAGGGUAAAGGUUGUAUAGCGUGGUGUGUGAGGAUCUCUUGUCCUGUAUAUGAAUGACGGUGGAAUAUAUAUGCAUUACUUUCAACC